AUGGAUGAUCUGCUUAAAUCUUUGAACGCUCUUGGUGUAGAUCCACCCACGGAUUCUCAAAUUCCAGAUCUACUCAACCCAGAGGAACAUGCAACGCUAGCUAAAGUUUUAGCAGGAUCUGCAGAUGAUCUCAUUCAAGGUGCUGUAUUAUCGUUGUUAGAGAAUUACUUGAGAUCGCUUAAGAAGAUUGAAGAUGAUCAUAACAAAUCUAUUAAUGCUCCAGUGAAGAACGUUAAGAUUGUUCCUCGCAAAGCUCUUCUCAUUCGUGGCGCUAAAGAGCGUGAAAGGGUUCUAAGGGAUAGAGAAGCAGGCGUUGGUUUCAUCAGACAGAGCCAAGUAUUUGAUAAUAACGUUAUUCCUGCGUCUAAAACUCCAAUUGAAGACUUGGAAUACAUGCAACUCAAAGACCUUCAAUUCCCUCACAGACAUUCCGGCAAGUUUGUGAUUGUCAGAGUCAUCAGCAAUCCUAACACUUUGUUCGAUUUACAUGCAAUUGUCGAUGAUAAGGAAGGAAAUGGCAUUCCUCUCACUUUAUCUCACUACACACCUUCUCCUACUGCUCCAUCCGAUGCUAUCUUGCCUUAUGGCUCUACACUUUUGAUAAAAGAACCAUACGUUACCAAAAAUGGUAUAUUCGUUCCAGCUAAAUCUGAUACGCGCCUGUUGUCGGAUUCAGACAAUCUAAUCAAUGAUGUCCAGUGGUUUUACCCUCUCGAGCAACCCUCUGAUAAUAAGGAAGUAGAUCAACUGAUGGCGCAAGCGAACAAUGAUGAUAAUGACUUAUGGGACAUUAUACAUGAUCUCAAUCAAGUGCUUUCUGUGAAUCCUUUGUCAUAUGAGGCUAAAAUUCGCCUCAGUGAUGUCUACUUUGGUGUUCAUAAACUUGGUUCUGCUUAUAGAACUUCAGCUGAGGCGCUAAAACUCGCAAGAGAUAAUCAGCAAAAGAGCAGAGCAUUUUUAAACCAAGCUAGGGCAGCUUAUGAUAUGCGCUUGUUUAAAGAAGCAGAAAAUUUAAUUAAAGGAGUUCAAGAUCCAGAAUUGCAAGGAGAAGUGAGGAGAGUAAAUGAAUUAAUUAAAAAGAGGCGACUGGAACGUGAUGAAGGGGAAUUUGACGUGACCGAGCUGUUCAAGGAAAAGCAACGUUAUAUUGCUCCAAGACUUGAUGUCGCUGAUUAUAUUGGUCCUAUUGAAGUAAAGGAUAUAGAUGGUAGAGGUAGAGGGGUCUUGGCUACGCAAGACGUCGAGCCUGGAACGUUGAUGCUCGUAGGAAAGGCAGUAGGCACAGCAUAUCCAUCUGACGCGGAUAGAAGAAAUUCUAAAGAGCACACGACAAUAAUGGAGCUUAACUACUCUCACAAGACACUUCAUGGUACCGCACAAGUGUUAGCUAGAACGCGUAUAAGUCAUGCCAUAGAAGAUAUGCCAUUCUUAGCUAAACGCGUGUUGGGAUUGUGCGGAUCACCAACCGAGCCGCUUUUGACAGAGUAUCUUAGAGAAGGAUUUCCACUUACAGUUGAUGAAGAUGAAGCAGUAGAAAUGCUCGACAAAGAAGGAAAAUUACCUGUGAUUGAUGUUGAUCCGAGAAGAGUUGGAAGUGUUUUAAAGUAUAACGCAUUCGGACAUGCAAGUAUAGCAGGUGCAGAGACACCAUGUAUGCUUCACUCACUUCCUGCUAUAAUAAAUCACUCAUGCGUACCCAAUGUGGCUUCAAUUCACCUUGGUGAUGUAAUAAUGUCUAGAGCAUUGACGCCACUAAGAAAGGGACAAGAGUUACUUCACUCGUAUGUUCCUGGAACAGGCGGUGGUAGUUCAGUUCCACCAUCACAGCAAGAGAGAAGAGGAGAGCUGAGAAAGCACGGAUUUACAUGUCAAUGUGAAUUAUGCUCACUAGAUGAUAUUGAUGGUGAAGAGAAAUUGAAGGAGCGUGGACUUAUGUUAGCUGAUGUUUGGCCUCGUCUUGCUGACAGAGCUAGGGUAUUGGAGAGAGCAAAAACGGAAGAUGAAAAAUUCAACGCGGAAUUAGACCGACUUUUGAAAGAAUUAGAGGAGUUUGUGGCAAGUUUGGAAAGUACAUUUAGUGAUAAGCGCCCUUAUGAGUUGAAGCCGGAACUUGCAAUUGUAAGGCGUACGCUUGCUCAAUUGACAUCUAGAAGAGAUGUGCAGAAGGCAAUUGAGAAUGAGCUUUUAUCACUUUCAGGACUUGGAGCAAUACUCAACGAGACACACGACAAAUCAAGUGAUAGAAAGAAGUUCAAGCAAUUACCUCGACUUCAACCAGAUAGUGCAAUACUUUCAAUGUUAGAUAUUGUAGAGUUAUUGAAAGGGGUGGAUGAAGAAGGUUCUAAGAGUUGGUUUGAAAGUACGAAAUGGGCACAUGAUGUUUUAGUUGGUGGAGGAGAAGCAGGAUUUUAUGCGCGUAUAAAUCAGUAG